AUGCCACAGAGUCAACACGCCCAGAGCCGAGAUCCUGGCAGGGAGGCUCACCUUCACCUCCAACGGCUGGCGCAAGCAAGGGUUCUCCCGCAGCAACACGGCGAAGCAGGCAAGAUCAGGGACGGCGGAGAAACCUGCCAAACAGCCCGUGGCAUACACCGUGCCCUCCAAGCAAACACCUGUGCCCCUUCCCGCCAAAUAUAUGGCGGCUCUCGGUGGGUCUCCGUCUUCGGGUUCGACGCAACAACAGCCCGUGGCGGCAGCACCUACCACGACCCCGCUCGCGCCCGCGCCGACGCCGACGCCACCAACGUCAUCAGCCGGCAUGAUUGCACCGACCCCAGCGCUCGCACCACCAGUUUACGCCGCCCCGGUCGCAGCGCCUGUCCCCGCCCCCAGCACAACGCAACCGCCAACGCUCAGCAAGCCCCCGCGCAGGCCCCGCUUCAACCCGCGGCCGCGGCUGCCGCCGCACGGAUCUCGACAACCCCGAUUCCACUCCCGUCCAUCCCUUCCCUCGGGCGAUCAGCGGCCGCUCCGGCCAUCGUCGCCCAGGCUGAUCUGAGCAACGAGGCCAAGGUGGCUACUGCCCCCAUGUUGCCGCCGGCUCCGCAAAAGCAAUUCGCGGCACCACUCCACCCGGCGACCUCACCGGCCAAUGGCCCCGCUGACUCGGCAUCUCUCGCGGAGACGAGGGUGGUCGAUGUGGACCCCGCAAGCAGCGAGCAAAUUCCCUCUGAGCCUCACCCGUAA